ACAACAAACCCAAUCAUACAAAACUUUGUAAUCCCAAGUUUGAGUCAUUCGCUUCUCUCACAUUAGACGACACAGGUCUUAGCUUGAGGUUCUCCAGUGCUGUUCAGUUUUUACCAUCAACACUUACAACAGUUUAAUUAUCAAUAACCAAAAUGCGUGAAUGUAUCUCUAUCCAUGUCGGCCAGGCUGGUGUACAGAUGGGCAAUGCCUGUUGGGAGUUAUACUGUUUAGAACAUGGUAUCCAACCCGAUGGUCAGAUGCCAUCAGAUAAAACUAUUGGUGGUGGAGACGAUUCAUUCAACACGUUCUUCAGUGAAACUGGAGCUGGAAAACAUGUACCUAGGGCUGUCUUCGUUGAUUUGGAACCAACGGUUGUAGAUGAAGUGAGAACGGGUACAUACCGUCAACUCUUCCACCCAGAACAACUGAUCACUGGUAAAGAAGAUGCCGCCAAUAACUACGCCAGAGGUCAUUACACAAUCGGUAAAGAAAUUGUUGACCUCGUCCUUGAUCGGAUACGAAAAUUAGCUGACCAAUGUACUGGUUUACAAGGUUUCCUCAUCUUUCAUAGUUUCGGUGGAGGAACCGGUUCUGGUUUCUCUUCAUUGCUCAUGGAAAGGUUGAGUGUUGAUUAUGGCAAGAAAUCCAAAUUGGAAUUUGCUGUCUACCCAGCCCCACAAAUUUCCACUGCGGUAGUUGAACCAUACAACUCCAUUUUGACUACCCACACUACUCUGGAGCAUUCAGAUUGCGCUUUUAUGGUGGAUAAUGAAGCUAUUUAUGAUAUCUGUCGUCGUAAUCUAGACAUAGAAAGACCAACCUACACCAACUUAAACAGACUUCUAGGACAGAUCGUCAGUUCUAUCACCGCGUCUUUGAGAUUUGAUGGUGCUCUGAACGUCGAUUUGACCGAGUUUCAAACCAACUUGGUACCUUACCCACGUAUCCAUUUCCCUUUGGCAACAUACGCCCCAGUAAUCUCUGCUGAAAAGGCUUACCACGAACAGCUCACGGUAUCUGAAGUUACCAAUGCCUGUUUUGAACCGUCCAACCAGAUGGUUAAAUGUGAUCCACGUCACGGCAAGUACAUGGCCUGUUGUAUGUUGUAUCGGGGAGAUGUUGUGCCAAAAGACGUAAACGCAGCCAUUGCGACUAUCAAAACUAAGAGAACCAUUCAAUUUGUUGACUGGUGUCCAACUGGUUUUAAAGUAGGUAUCAACUACCAACCACCAACUGUUGUACCAGGAGGGGAUUUAGCCAAGGUACAGAGGGCUGUUUGUAUGUUAAGUAACACUACUGCUAUUGCUGAAGCCUGGGCUCGUCUGGAUCAUAAAUUUGAUCUAAUGUACGCCAAGAGAGCUUUUGUUCACUGGUAUGUUGGCGAAGGUAUGGAAGAAGGUGAAUUCUCAGAGGCUAGAGAAGAUUUGGCUGCACUGGAGAAAGAUUAUGAGGAAGUCGGUGUCGAUUCUGUUGAGGGAGAGGGCGAAGAGGAGGGAGAAGAAUAUUAAAUUGAUAUCUUUAACGUUUUUUAUUUAACUACACAAGUUUUCGUCUCGAUCAUUUAAUCAAAAAUAACUAUACAAUGUAUUCCUUAUAUUACUUGCCUCAUUUGAUGGUAAUUAUAAUUAUCAAAACAAAACAUGAUUAUAAUUGAGGUCAGCAUUUAGUGUGUAAAUAUGCCAUGUAUGGUAAUUAAAUAAAAAGGGUUUUAACGUA